AUGGCCAAGCCCACAGUCGUGGAUUGCACCAACUCCCCCUUAUUUGGACUAUGGAAACCACAAGCGCACCUGAAGCACUUAUUCUACGGUCCCUCCUGUGUUCGUAAGUACCUUACUACUGUUCUGCCGUCCGAUGUAUCCAGGGUAUUCGUUGUCACGGGUGCGACACUAGCAACAAAAACGCCACUCGUACAAGAAGUUGAGAUGCUCCUCGGAGCCCAUCAUGCGGGGACGUUCGCUGGUGUUAGGCAGCACGGCCCCGUUGCUGAUGUAGAAGAGGCACUUGCUAUUGUCCUCAAAGACGCUUCAGUCGAUACAAUCCUUUCUCUUGGGGGCGGGUCACCCAUUGAUGUAGCGAAAACCAUCUCACACCGCAUCCAUGGGCAACGCGGCCAAUUUCUCACUCACAUUUCCAUUCCCACAACUCUCAGCGCCGCCGAGUGCACGGCAGGUGGCGGGUAUACAGGCCCCGAUGGCACCAAGAUCGGUUUCAUGGCACCGGGAAUGGGUGUGGCGGCAAUCUUCUACGAUCCUCUGUUCUCGCAGUAUACGCCAAAAAGGCUGUUGCUCACCACGGGGAUUCGUGCCGUGGACCACGCCGUAGAGACAGCCUACCACCCAACGUCGUCCGAGAUGCCGUGGAAAGCCCUUGCAUGUUGGGCUUUGGAAGUUCUGUUUGACGAGCUUCCCACGGUUGCAACACUGCUUCAGGAUAGCAACAGCAAUCAGAGCGAAAUCGGGAUCGAACAGCCCGCCAAGAGCUGCCUCUACAACUCGCUUACCCGACUGUUUCUGGCUGCAUAUGCCACCUCUGGCCUCAGAGGCGCAAAUUUUACGGGAAACAUGGGUCUCUCGCACACCUUGGGCCAUGCGUUGGGUAGUCCAUAUGGAAUUUCGCACGGCGAAACUAGCUGCCUCACACUCGCUGCAGUAAUCAGACUCAAGGCGAGGCUGGACAUUGAGGACGCACGGUGUAUCAGCCGCCUUCUCUUACCAACCACCAGAAAGCCUGGAACUGGGGAUGUCAUGCAGGACGCCAUGAGCUUUGCGGAUCACAUAACGGAACUUGUGGGAAGGCUGGACCUUCAGCCCCUGCCUUUAAGCAGAUGGGGUGUUGGCCACGACCAGGUUCCUGUGAUUGUUCAGCGAGCAAUGCGGGGAUCUGACGACGAAAAACUGCGUGUUGCCUUGACGGCACUGGUGGAGCAGUUGUUGUAA